CCCAGUGUGUCUGUCUACUAUUAUUGCAAGAUGUACGACUCCCUUCCUAGCUACCGAGGGACUACUUCCGCGCACUCUCACGGGGAAGAACAUACGCCACUACUUCGCAAGCAAGUCGACACCAGCCAUGACUCCAAGAUUUCAAAGUUAUCGAUUCCCUGUCCAGUCGAAUUUGUACGGCUGUUGAAAGACUCCAUCCCGGUCAUUCUGGCAUACACGCUGCAAAACAGCCUGCAAACCACCUCUGUGUUGAUUGUGGGACGGAUCUCUCCUGAGGAUCUCGCCACCACAGCUUUUUCACUCAUGUUUGCCAUGGUCACAGCCUGGAUGAUCGCCUUGGGCGGGACCACCGCACUAGACACACUAGCCUCAUCAACCUUCACAGGCAGCUCGAACAAGCAUGAUCUCGGGAUCCUGUUGCAGCGGGCCUUUUUCGUCCUCGGGCUGUUCUAUGUCCCCGUCGCCAUGCUUUGGGCAUUUUCGGAGCCUGUGUUUCUCUUGCUUGGCCAGGAUCCCCAGCUCUCUAGAGAUAGUGCGCGUUUCUUAACUUGCCUGAUCCCUGGCGGUCUGGGAUAUAUUUACUUUGAGGCCAUGAAAAAGUAUUUGCAAGCCCAGGGUAUUAUGCGACCUGGAACGUAUGUCUUGCUGGUAACGGUACCAUUCAAUGCAUUUCUCAAUUACCUGUUCUGCUACACCUUUCAUAUGGGGUUGCUCGGUGCGCCAUUUGCAACAGGCAUUUCCUACUGGCUGUCCUUUGUGCUGCUAGUAUUGUAUGCCCGGUUCAUCGCCGGUUCCGAAUGCUGGGGCGGCUGGUCGCGCAAAGCAUUCGAGAACCUCGGAACUUUUGCCCGAUUGGCCUUUCUGGGCGUGGUGCACGUAGGCACCGAGUGGUGGGCCUUCGAAAUCGUAGCUCUUGCAGCCGGAAGGCUGGGAACAAUCCCGCUGGCGGCACAGAGCGUCAUCAUGACCGCAGACCAAGUGCUCAACACAAUUCCAUUUGGUGUAGGUGUCGCUACGUCUGCACGAGUGGGGAGCCUGCUAGGGUCCCGGGACGCAGCUGGUGCAGCGAGAGCAGCCAAUACCGCGGCCUGGUUGAGUAUGGUGCUGGGGGGUGCCGUGUUGGCCGUGCUUAUGGGGACUCGGUACGACUUCGCAAAGAUGUUCAACUCCGAUGAAGGAGUUGUACAGCUCACUGCGGAGGUUCUACCGUGGGUGGCGUUGUUCCAAAUCGCCGAUGGACUGAACGGUAGCUGUGGAGGAUGCCUUAGGGGCAUGGGAAGACAGCAUGUCGGUGCGCUAGUCAACCUGGUCAGCUAUUAUUGCGGUGCAUUGCCUCUCGGUAUUUGGUUGGCUUUCCAUGGCUGGGGAUUGAAAGGACUUUGGGUGGGACAAUGCAUCGCACUGUAUCUUGUGGGGGCACUGGAGUGGGCAAUCGUGGCCUUCAGUAACUGGGAAUGCGAGGUCGAUAAGGCGUUUCAACGAAUGGAUAUCGAAGACCGGUUAGAGGUUGGACACACCACCAAUGGUGCCACGACAGUCGUCUAGUGCAGAUAGGUG